CUGCAAAAAACUUAGCAAUAAUAAUAAUAAAAACAGUAAUAUCACCAAGUAAAUGCUUGUGGUAUCAUACCCGGUGGGCCCCCUGUGGCUCGUGGGGAAUAGAAUACGGCCACGGUAACUCCUGCCUGUCGUAAGAGGCGACUAAAAGGGGAAUGUAAAGGAGCGAGCGAGAAUUAAAAGUAAUGCAAAAGCAUAAGAGAGUAAAUGUAACGGGCAAAGCGAAAGAAAGAAUAAAAGAGCGAUUAGCGUAAGCAUAAAGAAGUUUCAAAAUUGCGCGGGAGAGUGUUGGCCGUAGUCCCAACCCCCUAGGCGCGUGGCCGACAGAGUUCGUUGGAGAAAAAGGGAGGGUAAAGUCCCUAAAGAACGCCACCCGGAUGCAAAAAUGCAUCCCAUUUUUCCGAACCGGGAAAGGUAAUGGGGACACAUUCAUCUUCGCCGGUUUAGACCGCCAUUUUCCCUAGAAGGAUGUCGAGCGUGCUUGAGGGUGGCUACCACUAUAUAUAUAAAUAUGUACAUACAUUCUGUUUACCAAAAAUUACAUUAACAAAUCCUGCAAAAUACACGCGUUGCGGAAUAGAUUUGAUGAAUUUUUUGAACAUGACGAAUAACGAUGAUGCGGAUAUCAAUCAGAAGAACAUAAAAAUCUUCGUCAGGGUUUUCCCAUUCGAGAAGUUGUGUGAAUCUUGUGCAAAGAUUGACACGGAACGGAAGAAAAUAUACAUAAGAUGUUUGCAAGAAAUGCAAUCGAACCGAAUCGCCACAUCGAAAGAACCAUCUUACUGGUGUUUUCAAGUUGAUGACAUAUUUCACGAUUCCUCCCAAGAAGAGGUCUAUCGUGUUUCAACGGAAGAUCUUGUGCCAAAAAUGUUAGAUGGAGUAAAUUGCAUUUUAAUGGGCUACGGACAAACAGGCUCCGGGAAGAGCUUCACUAUUAGCGGUCUGAGAAACAAUUGGGAACACAGAGGGCUGAUAGCACGACUAAUAUCUCAGAUGUUUGCUGAGAAACGACGUAAGAAGAAAAGUAACAAGAUACAGUAUUGCGUGAGUUACGUCGAGUUGCAUGGAAGAGAAGCGAAAGACCUGUUAACUUACGAAGAAAAUAGAGUUAGGAUAAAUGAUAGAGAUCCUUUCAAGGAUAUAUCUGUGGUAAUGGUGGAGAACGCAGAGGAGGCUCUUCGAAAGGUUUUCGAAGGAGAAGUUCGAAGAUCGAGCGUAAAAGGUUCGACGUAUCCUGUGUCCCAUUUGGCCACUGCUCUGAUUACUUUCCAUGUGUCUAACAUCAGCUUAAUUACAUCUUGGGGUACUGUAACCACGGCCAAAAUGCAUAUCGUUGAAAUGGCUGGUACAGGAACAGUAGGAAAAAGUAGUAAUUGUUGGAAAGCCGCUACAGACGUUGGUAUAGCUAAUUUAACGAAAACUCAGCUAGAGCAAUUUUUCUCGUAUCUAUCAGCAGGAAGAAUAUCUGCUAGUACUCUGAUACGUUCCAGUAAUUUGUUAAAGAUCCUGGGCAAUGCUUUUUCAGUUUCAUCUAUAAUUCGAUUCAUAUCUCACGUUCGAAUCAAGGAAGAGGAUUUGAAUAUCACAUUGUCCACUUUAAAAUUGACAGCAAAAAUCGCGAAAUUCAAAUCGGUCAGAGUACGAGAAAACGUGAAACACCAGCCAGAUUUAUUGUUACACAGACUUCAGGAUCAAGUUAACGCUUUGAAGAAGGAAUUGAUGAUAAACGACUUGUUCCUUCAGCAAGAACAUCUGAUGAAUAUCUCUGAAUCACGAAUGGAACAAAUCAAUCGAAGUGUCGUUAAUUUUUUGAACGGCAACAUUUCGGAUUUCACAUUGUUCAGCGUGUCUCAGGCUGAAAUAUUGUUGAAGAGUAUCAAGGAUUUAUACAACAGGUGUUCAUAUUCUUCGCUAUAUGUAGUAUAAAUUAAGAUUCAAGUUUCAAAUGAUUGAAUCGAUAGAUUAAUUGCAAAGGAGCUCGAAGUUGAAAAGUUGAAAGAGACAUACGAGAAUCUUACGAGAAGUAUCACGCAGAUUAGUGCGUUAUCAACAUUACCUAAGGAAAGCAUUUUACUUGCCGAUGACCAGAAGAGUAUACAAGAAAUCGAACAGUCUUCAAAAGAAACAUACAAAAAAGUUGGAAGCUUAAAUGACUC